UUUCUAAUACUUGGCCUAUAUUUUGGUAUAGAAAUGACAACAUUUCAAUUGUUGGCAACAUUUACACGUUAUAUCAAUCAUCAUAUUACUGGUCCGGAUUCGGCAACAAUUAUGGCUAUAUUUGGCGGUUCAUUCACACUAUUCAGAGGACUAUCGAUAAUAUUUUCCCUGAAAAUGAAACCGAAAAUUAUGCUUAUAUUUAAUUUUCUACUAAUAUUUUCGGGAAAUAUAUUAUUGAUUAUAUUUGGUGGCAAAUCGCAUACAAUUAUUAUUUUGUCAUGUGCACUAAUCGGUGGCGGGUUUUCAUCGACCCUUCCCUCAGUCUAUACCCUAUUGGGUCAAUACAUUGGCAUUAAUAAUACAUUGGGUUCACUGUUUACAUUUGGCGGCGGUUUGAUGGCCACAACAAACACAUUGAUUAUCGAUUCGGUUAAAGACAUCUAA